AAGAAGAAGAAGAUCCCAGUGGAGCUGGGCAGCAGUGUGUGUGAGUGAUCAGGGUUCUCCUGGAGCAUGUACUCGGUUGUAGAGGUUAAAGGUGUGAAAUCUGGAUAUCGUUGUGGAUACUGUAACAACUCAUGGGGGAAAGUGUCCUAUGGUAUGUGGGCCCAUUCACUGACAGUUCAGGACUACCAAGACCUCAUUGACCGGGGAUGGAGACGAAGUGGCAAGUAUGUUUACAAGCCUCUCAUGAACAAGACCUGCUGUCCACAGUACACUAUCAGGUGCCACGCCUUAAACUUCCAUCCUUCAAAGGCACAUAAGAAGGUCUUGAAGAAGGUGGCGAAGUUCCUGUCGAAAGGGGAGAAGACAGCAGGCCAGUGUGAAGCUGGCUGUGAUGGUGACCGGAUUGAGCCCAUGUUUGAAGAGGGAGGGGAAGUUCCUCCAGUGGAUCCUGUGAAAAUUAAGCACUCUCAGGUGGAGCGUCCCAUCAUCCCCAGCAGCCCUGAGAGAGCGAAUGAUUCCAAACCAUCAACAUCAGAGACUUCAAGAGAGGAAACCGUGUCCUCAUCAGCAGGGAAGAGCCCACGCCUCACGCCUAAACCAGGAGUGGGAGCAGACCCUAACAAACCUCCAUGCCGCAAAGCAAAGGAUAUCCGGAAAGAGCGACGACUCCAAAAGGAGCAACAGAAGCAGAAAGAUGGAGGAGGCGCUUUAACAAACCUGAAGCCUGCCCCAGCAACCCCAGCAUCCGGUCAACCCAAGGCUUUGGAAGAAUUUAUCACCGACUCGCUGCCUGAUGACCCUCUUCAUCGCUUAGAGGUGAGGCUAGUGCCGGUCAGCUUUGAGGACCCUGAUUUCUUGGCGUCCUACGAGCAGUCAGUGGAGCUGUUUGCCCGUUACCAGAUGGCCAUUCAUGGCGAAGGGCCAUUCGAAUGUGAUGAAAGCCAGUUUAAGAGGUUCUUGUGUGACUCCCCACUAGAGGCGGAGAUGUCUCCUGAUGGACCCGAGAUGGGCUACGGCUCCUUCCACCAGCAGUACUGGCUCGACGGACUCAUCGUAGCCGUGGGUGUGAUCGACAUCCUGCCCAACUGUGUCUCCUCAGUCUACCUCUACUACCAUCCGGACUACUCCUUCCUCUCGCUGGGCUCCUACUCUGCUCUCAGGGAGAUUGCCUUCACGAGGCAUGUGCAGAAGCAGUCACCGAAGCUGUCCUUCUACUACAUGGGCUUUUACAUCCACUCUUGCCCCAAGAUGCGCUAUAAGGGUCAGUACCAGCCUUCAGACCUUCUGUGCCCAGAGACGUACACGUGGCUGCCCAUAGAGAAAUGCGUCCCCCGCCUUGACACCUCAGUCUACGCCCGCUUCAGCGAAGACCCCCAGGCAGGUGAUGCUUGUGCACUUAAAGACUUGGGCCGGGUUUUGGUGCUGCACAAGAGGACGGUUAUGCCUUACGCUACCUACUCACGAAAAAGGAAAGGCUUCAGCGAUGAGGAAGAGGUGAAGCAGUAUGCAAGCCUGGUGGGCCAGACGUGUGCGGAGAAGAUUCUCCUCUACCGAUCUUAACUCGUUCUCGUCUUCAGCUCAAUCCCAAGUGUCUGCAUUCUGUCUAAUGUACAACUGUUAGUUUAAUGCUCAGUUUCUUUUGCCUUUUAUUUGCCAUCCUGUGUCUAAAUACUUUUCUUCCAGCGUGUGUCAUCUGUCUUAAAGCUUCGUUUUGUUCAGUGCAUGUAGGAGGAAUUGUAUUGCUAUAAAACUUCUGCAUAUCCCACUUGUUCGCAAGUGGUUGCAAUAUGUUCACAAACUAUAGUCGUGUAAUCAACCUCACAUCAAUACAGAACUCAAGAUGUAGAAUUGUUUUAUUGUAGGGUUUGUUUUUAUUGAUUUAAAUGAGAAAUGAGGCUGUGCUGUGUUUAAGUGUGCUUAACUAGUCUGCAUUCAUUCAGAUUUUUACCAAAGCAAGGUACAAGUAAAGACUUGAGCUACCAAAGAGGCAAAAAACUGAUGUAUGAAGGAAGAAGGGUUGUUUUUGUUUUUCCCCCCUCCUGAACUGCUAGAAUGAUUACAUAAGGUGCCGUAUGUACAGUAAUACUAAAAGUAAGUCAAUGUCCCGUGUGCCAUACUGGCGGACUGAUAUCAGAGAUGAGGAUAUAAUGUCCCAGUUUUAAAGAUCUGUAAGCUCUCGAGAAGAGAAUUGUACAACAUCAAUAACAUACGAUGAAGCAACUAUACCCUGUCCAUACGUGUAACAUGGAAGUUAUAUGAGUUAUUUUGCAUUCUAUUGCACUUCAAACACAUGAAUAAAAUCAUUAUGCUUG